GAGAAUACUGCUUGGAGGACAGCACCUAAAGCAAAACAAUUUUCACCACUUUAAGAUUGCAAAAUGAAGCUUCUUCUUUUUGUAGCCUUCAUGGCCACCAUCUUCAAUGUCAAUGCUGGCAAGAAGCUGAGACUGCUGGCAGGUCUAAAUGGUGGAGUGGUGUCUGGGGUUAACCCUGGACUGGUGGUGGGGGCCCUGAACCCUGGCGUCCUCACUGGUGGCACUGGGUUGAUUGGGCAGCCUCAGUUUGCCCAGAUGGUUCCAGGUGUCCCCACGUAUGUCAUGCAGCCCCAAGCUGUCCCUGCUGGUCCCUAUGGUUUCCCCAAUGUCGGGAUGCAGCAGCCACAACCGUUCCCUAACUUCCCUGGGCAGUACCAGUAUCCUGGCCCACCAUCUAAUGGGCUGCCUUACUACAUGGGUGUCCCUCAAAUGGCAGGAAUGAAUCCUCCACAACAGCAAGUCAUGGCGGAAGAGUCAGAAUGCGAGUCUCCUACAUGGGAGGUAUCAGAAUUAACCAAUAGGAAGCUCUAG